AUGCCUGGAACUUCAAGGAAAACUCGUGUCAAACGACAUUUGACACUUUCCACUAAAAGGAAAAGGUCUACAGCGAAGAAUCUUGAUAAGUGGCGGGAAAGAAAGAGAAAUAUUUGCCUAGUAUCUGCAAGCGAAUGUCAGUCUAACGCUACUGUCUUCCAUGAUUUGCCAAAAACAGAUGAAUCAGGCAUUACUUCAAAACAUAACACAGUCAUGUCAGAAAUGAACAACAAUGAUGAAAUAAUAGAAUCUACUGAUACAAGCUUCGUACGCCUCUCCGAAUGUCAGAUUAGCGACAGCUUCCAUCACAGUACUCCUAAAGACCAUGAUAUAAUUUCCAAAAAGGAUAACGUUACUGAGGCUGAACCUACAGGAAUACUAAACAAUGAUGAUCUGCCUGAUGCUGGAAGAGAGACUAUUACCAUCAGGCGGAAUGACAGUCUUGACAGUGACAGUGACGAUUCAGACUGGUUAGCCGGAAUUGAGCUUCUCGCUCCCAGAGAUGAAGAAGAUAACGAAGAUAUCGCCAAAGAAAUAUCCAUACAUGGAAGGAGGAUAGUUAACAUAGAUCAUUUUAUCAAAUCCCUGCAAUCUCUAGAAAACCACGAGCCUUUUGACUGCAAGUUUUCAGAUAUGUAUUUGAUAAAUGACAGACGCAUUGGUCUGAUAGAUGAAUUGACAUUCCAUUGCAAGGUUGAAGGUAUGAGGUAUGACCAAUAUCGGCCAAGGAUAUAG